AUGCGAGUAGAGCCGGAAGAAAGGAGGCCGCAAGAGCAAGAGCAAGAGCAAGAGCAAGAGCAAGAGAAAGGAGCACACGAGAUUGAUGGAUCUACCAGCAGAGGUGUUGUGCCUUUUUGUCGCAGCUGCAAACAAAAACGACCUCCCGAACCUCAGGAUGACCUGCAAAGAACUGUCCACAGUCACAGACCAGGGUUUGUAGAGGCAUUCUUCUCACGCCGCACCCAUGUGGUUUCUCAGCAGAGCAUAUCCGCGCUCCUGAGCAUCACCAAGACUCCCGUACUGCUGCGCCAGAUCAAGAGCAUCACCAUCAACACUCUGAAUGGUACUAUCCACAGCCCCUACAUCGAGUGGAGUCUCUUCGAGCGAACCAUGAGGCAAGUCUUCGAAAACAUCCGCAGGAAAGGAAAUCUCCUCGACAUCUCAGUCGUCGCCGACCCAUCGACUCACGGACCUGAUCGACGUUACGGUGGCUCAAAUCUCCGGAGCAGCAAGCACAUUCUUCCAGCAAUUAGCAAAGCUGCCGCAUGA